AUGGCCAUUCCCCCCUCCGCCUUCCUGGGCGUCCCCCACGGGCCCUUGAAUACCUACGUCCGCUCCCUAUGCACCUACCAGCGCCGCGCUGGCCGCGGCCACAGCGUCACGCUCCCCGACGUUCCUGACUUUGUCCUCGAGGCAGAGUCGCCGAGUCAGUCAGCUGGACGUUGGGAUGGUAGACAUGUGCGUGUUGGGAGUGUGGUGCAAGCUGAUGCUAGUAUCGCUGAGCUGACAGGUGCGAUUGAUGGAAUGUUGGGCCCUGAGCUGACUGUGAAGGAAAAGGGGAGGGACUCAAUGGGGGUUACCGGGUUGGCGAUGGGAACUCAAGAUCUCGAAGAGCAGGUUGACGGGCAGGAAGGGAGUGAGUGGGAAUGGGAGUCGGAUGAGUACGACGAUGACGAGACUGACGUUUCUUCGGAGUGCUCGCCCGAGUGCGCUCGGGGACCCCAGCGUCCACAUCACGAGGAUAGGAGCGCUGAUGCGAACGGAUGCCCAGACCUGAAAGAGCCGAUAAAGACUGCAAACGCUCAGGAGACGCCAGUUGACGAGCAGAAGAAGCUCGAGUCGAAGCAGCCAGCGCUGGAGCCGCAGAAGAGCGCUCUCUACGCUCGUGCAUAUGCGGCAUGUAUCUUCGAGGAUCUCACCGGUAACACGGUCAGGAAGACUGUGGCCGGGGAUCCUCAAAGCGUAAAGACGUACGGCUGGGAGAUGGUGAGUUCUGAGCAGGUGGGCAAUCCUCAUCUGGCCAUCGCCUUUGAUGAGUCUGCUAAAGCGGGCGUCAAGGACCAUGUGAGUUUGGUGUAUCUCGGCGCUCCCCAAUCGGAAUUCGAAAUGUUGAUGAAGAGGAUGCUGAACGAUGGAAGUUUGGAGGGUGUGAAGGGUUGGACCUCCCGGAAUCCGCAUGAGGCGUUGGCGCUCGGUGAGUGGGAGUGUCAUAACCCUCGUCCUGCUUCUGCGAUUGAUGCUGACCGUAACGCUGCGCAUAGCUCGCAAGAGUGCACCUGCAAAGAGAAGACGAAGCGUGUGCUAGUCUGUGCAGUGAGGAAGGGUGAGGACCAAGUUCUGCCACUUCGAAAUGAGACGUUCGUGUGGCGCCCGAAGAGCGUAGAGCAGAUCAAGGCGUAUGCAGAAUUCGCUCGCGAUGUGGUUGCCUCGGGCGUGGGCAUUUAG